GGUUGUUGGUGAAAUUAUCCCGCGAUCGCAAAUUUGCUGGACAAACUACAAAAUGAUUAGAAUUUUAAAUUUAGUCGUUGCAAUUUCUGCUAUGGUAGCAGCUGAGGAGGCUUGCCACAGUUUUGCAGGAGGCCAUGUUUAUCCUGGCGAGACCCCUCGCUCUUCGGCUCAUGCAGUACAUUGGAGUAAAGUUCAGAUAUCUAAACCGGCUCCAGUCUUUGAAGGAACGGCAGUGGUUGAUGGAGAAUUCAAAGCCAUGAAACUCUCGGACUUUGUUGGAAAAUACCUUGUUCUGGUCUUUUACCCACUUGACUUUACUUUUGUUUGCCCAACCGAAAUCAUCGCCUUCAGUGACAGAGUUGAGGAAUUCAGAGCAAUAAACACUGAAGUGGUUGCUAUCUCGGUCGAUUCUCAGUUCACCCAUCUUGCAUGGAUAAACACACCAAGAACGCAAGGGGGCCUGGGACCUAUCAAGCUACCGAUCCUGUCAGACCUCACCCAUCAGAUUUCUAAAGAUUACGGAGUUCUUCUGGAGGAUUUGGGACAUACGCUGAGAGGCUUGUUUAUCAUCGAUGAUAAAGGUGUAUUGCGUCAAAUCACCAUGAAUGAUCUCCCCGUUGGUCGAUCGGUAGAUGAAACGCUGCGAUUGGUUCAAGCAUUCCAGUAUACAGAUAAACACGGCGAGGUGUGCCCAGCAGGGUGGAAGCCAGGCAGCGAUACGAUUAUUCCCAACCCAGCUGAUAAACUGAAAUACUUUGCCAAGCAACAAAAUGGAGGUUCAUAGUCCUUUAUCUCGUCGUCUUGUCAACAACCCAACAAAUUUUCUCAGAUUUCUUUUGUUCGAUCCCUUCACAAAAAUUGGAUUCUUCAGUAGUAAAUAGGAUUUCGAAGUGGCUUUCCCAAAUUACCCAUUGUUUUCUUUUUGAAGAAAUUGAAUUGGUAGGGAAAGUGCAUUGACUGAUUUGACAUCCUGCAGAAAUCUGUGCAAAUGGUCUCUCGGGGUGGGUGCAAGGAAAUAUUUGCAAUCAAUUAGCAAAUAUCUGUUGCAACUUUACAAUUUAUCGAACAAUGUAGCUGCAGAAAAUCAGUUUAAACUCCUUAUUUGAAGAAAAUAUCUCCUUUUUUACCCUUUUUUUUGCUCCCUCCCCAUCGCCACAAAACUAAACAUCAUGGCUGAUGUAAAAGUUUUUUUUAAUCGAACAGUUUGAUAAACCAUUGUCAUUAACAUCAUUAAUUAGCGCAUUGAGACGAAAUUGGGGGCAGAGUUUGUUUACAAUUCCUGUUUUAAAUUUGCGAGCAAAUCUGAUUAUUCUUAACGAUGGGGUAUGUAUGAUAAAUAUCAGUAAUUGGCCCAAGAUGUUUUGAUGAAUAAUUUGUUGAAAAAUACAGUACAAAGAUUCAUCAUCACCAAUGUUUUUAAAAUUCUAUUUAUAAUUAUUAUUUUUAUUAAUUAUUAUUAUUAUUAUUUUUUUUUUUGGGGGGGGGCAUUAGGGCACUUUUACUCUCUAGCCCUACAUCCCGUCACAAUAAUCACAAUCAAAUGCAGGAAGUGCCAAGUUAUUUGCCCAUUCAUAAAUAAUUGGAUUUGUCAGAGAUGUUAUUCAGUCCAACUUUUUCCCCUUUCUUUCCUUUGGUGACCAUUUCAGAAAGGUUUACUUCGAGCUCAUUUUUGCUAAUUAUCGGUGUCAGCCGCACAGAAACAUUGUUAGCCUAACAGAAAACCGAGUCACAUCUGUCGGUUUGUGAAGUCAAAACAUUUAUUUCAAUGUGUACAUAUAAGUACUGCAUUGUUGUAACAUUAGGCAUCACUGCCACAUUACGGGGCCACUGUUAGCGCAUCGUUAGUGCCAACAACGUUCUGUGCGGUCAGUACAUAACAAUACAUCCUUAAUUGUGUAAUAAACAUUGUGUCGUGUAUACAAUAGCUAAUCACUUCUACCUCUUUGGAAGAUUUAGCUUGGAUAUAUAGAAAAAAUAUAGAAUUCAUCAUUAUAAAUUCCCAACAAGUUUUUUUUCUCUCGUAGAUUUGAUAUUAUAUUUGCGAUUCUUGCAUUUGACGAGUUAAUGAUACCUCAGUCACAAUUCCCCUAUGGUGGCCGUACGGCAAGUCGAAAACGGCAGUUUUAACUUUUUUUGCACCAGCUACAUAUAGGUGGUUUGAAUUAAAAUGAAUGGUCGUUCUCGACUCGCCGUACGGCCGCCCCUAGGGGGAAUGUGACUGUAGCAACACUUAUUGUACUUUUUGGAGAAACAUUUUUGCAGAAUGCAAUGGAAUAACUUAUUUGUGAUUUGUAGUCGAUAUGUAGUGUUUACUUCUUUGUUUAGCUGUUUGCUUACCUUUUUCAGAAAAGUGAGAUUAGACCAUGUUUGAUGAGAUCAAAGGUGUAGCGUUUCACCAAGGAUGUGCAUGUACAUGCCCAGAGUAGCGAGUCUACAUUAUUUAUGUUAAGCCCGCCGCACACCACUUGAUCCGACUAUGAGUUAACCCAUUGAAUACUGAAUUAUGUCAUUUCCAUAGACUUUGUACAGAAUGUCCGCUUCUAGUGGACAACAGGUUAAGUCCUCAUCAGCUUCAAGAUGCAGGCAACGAUGACAUCAUUACAAUCUGGGAUUAAAUUUGCUAUUAUUCCUACAGGGAGCGUGGUGAUUAAAAGACUGGAAUUUUGAUUUUAGUAUUUAUACCUCUGUUCAGAAUUAUGAUCCCUAAGAUUUUAUAUGUUCUAAUGUUCAUAUUGAAUGCAAUUUGCUAUAUCUCUGACAAUCAGAUUGUGCAGUGUAUCAUGGAGUGUGCGGCGGGCCCAAGUUUUCUAAAAUUCAUGUAAUGUAAUUUAUAGAUUGAAAGUCUGCAUGUUCAUGUAUUUCUUAUACUCCAGCAUCUUCAAGCAAUUCUAAAUUGCUUUUGAAUUUUCUGUCAGAAUUUUGUCAUUUUUGCAGCAUUUUCUCUGAAUUCUUGAGAAUAAAAUGAAUUAAAACUUUCUUACCUCA